AUGAUUUUAAGUGUGGAAAGCGAAGCUUCUGAUAUUGACCCUGCGCCAGGACCAGAAAGCAAUAAUAUGGAUGGGGAGAAUGCCCCACUAUAUUGUAUUUGCAGAAAACCGCACAUCAACUGCUUCAUGAUUGGCUGUGAUAACUGCAACGAAUGGUUCCAUGGAAACUGCAUUAAUAUCACAGAGAAGAUGGCCAAAGCUAUCCGAGAGUGGUACUGCAUGAGAUGCAGAGAUGAAAACCCAUUGUUGGAGAUAAAGUAUAGAAAAGAAAAGAAAAACCGAGACAGAGAGCCAGACUCUGAUAGAACUGAAAGACAGUACAGCACCCCUAGUACUCCAGACUACAGGAGUGAAAGGCGACGUGGAUCAAAAGUGAAGCGCUCCGUGCGAAUGUGUGGCGAAUGUGAGCCCUGCAGGAGGACUGAGGAUUGCGCACAAUGUGACUUCUGCAAAGACAUGAAGAAAUUCGGGGGCCCUAAUAAAAUAAGGCAGAAAUGCAGAUUCAGACAAUGUGAAGUCCGAGCAAGGAAAAUGCUACGGGUAAAAGAAGAGGAACAGUAUUUGCGAGAAAGAAGACAGAACUCCCACCACAGAAGAAGGCGUUACUCUGAAGACUAUGACAGCGAGGCAGAUCUCUACCACCAAUACAAAGCAUCAGGGUUUAACAGAAGCAUGGGGUGGGCAACGGAUGACGACGAUGACGAUGAGCCGCCUUUCAGUCCUGUCUUGCGAAAGAAAGCUGUGAAAGUGAAACACGUUAAGAGACGAGAGAAGAAGUUCGACAAAAAAAAAGAGUCCCGGCGCCACAAGCAGAAGCAGAAGCACAAGGACCGAAGCCGACACAGUGAGAGGGGAGACUUACGGGAUCACGGUGGGCGCCAUCAGUGUCUCGGGCCCAACUGUGUUGAGGCUUCAAGGGCAAAUUCCAAAUACUGCUCAGAGGCAUGUGGCAUGAAGUUAGCCGCCAAUCGAAUUUAUGAGAUACUCCCUCAACGCAUCCAGCAGUGGCAACAGAGCCCCUGCAUCGCAGAGGAACACGGUAAAAAGCAACUAGAGCGCAUUCGCAGGGAUCAGCAAAAUGCCCGCUUGCGCCUAACUGAAAUGGAACGUCGCUUCCAUGAACUGGAGGGCAUCAUCGCCAAGGCCAAGCAGCAGGCAGUGCAGCAGGAUGAGGAGGUGAAUGAAGGAGAGGGAGAUGACACAGACCUCCAGAUUUUUUGCGUGUCCUGCAGCCAUCCUAUCAACCCCAAAGUUGCACUAAGACAUAUGGAGAGGUGCUAUGCAAAGUAUGAGAGUCAAACCUCGUUCGGGUCCAUGUAUCCUACAAGAAUUGAAGGGGCAACAAGGCUCUUCUGUGAUGUGUACAAUCCCCAAAGCAAAACUUACUGCAAGAGACUUCAGGUUUUGUGUCCAGAGCAUUCUAGAGAUCCCAAGAUUCCUGUUGAUGAGGUGUGCGGGUGUCCUUUGGUGAAAAAUGUCUUCGAAUUGACAGGAGAAUAUUGCAGGGUGGCAAAACGGAAAUGUAACAAACAUUAUAACUGGGAGAAGCUCAGGAGGGCGGAAGUUGACCUGGAGCGAGUUCGAGUGUGGUACAAGUUGGAUGAGCUCUUUGAACAAGAGCGCAAUGUUAGGACUGCAAUGACCAACAGAGCAGGUCUGCUCGCACUGAUGUUGCACCAAACCAUUCAGCAUGAUCCUCUGACCACAGAUCUUCGCAGUAACAAGGAUAGGUAG